AUGUACUAUCUCGAUCGUUUCUGUCUUGCCAUUGUCCCCAGCUUUCUGCGCCAUUUGGUAGAGACGCCCUCGAACAAAGAUCAUGCGCCGCUACAGAAGUUACAUACAAUUGCUGCCCUCGACGGCUUGCGAGGAUGGGCCUGUUUGCUGGUCUUCAACUUUCAUUUCCUCUUCACAUAUACGGAUAAAACUGCGGUGGGUUGGGGGUUUGGCGAGGAUAACUGGGGAAUCCAUCAAUUGCCUAUUAUCCACAUGCUGAUAUCGGGCCAUGUUAUGGUGACAAUAUUCUUCGUCAUUUCCGGCUAUGUGCUCUCCUAUAGGCCGCUUAAGUUGCUCCGAAAUCGUUCCUGGGCGCAGGCCUUUCACACGCUCGCUUCCUCGACGUUCAGGCGUGGAUUACGCCUCUAUAUCCCUUCCAUUGUGGGGAUUCUUUGCGUGCUUAUCGCUGUGCGCCUGGGAUUCUAUCAUUAUUCGACCUGGGUUCGUGAUCAAGGCCACACUAUCCUUGGUAUCAACGAACAGCACCCUCCUUAUUUCGUAUCUUUUAUCGACCAGGUUGCGGACUGUUACCUCACAGUAGUCCAUCUGAUAGAUCCCUGGAACUGGGGGCUUUAUUAUAAUUUCUACAAUCCCCAUCUGUGGACCAUCCCGGUCGAAUUCCGGUGCUCAAUGGUCCUUUUCCUGACCAUUAUCUGCGUUUCCCGAUUUAGAACUUGGAUUCGUCUAACUCUUGUUUCUGGCCUUCUCUAUUACUGUAUUCGAUGGGGCCGAUGGGACCUCGUGCUAUUCCUGUCUGGCAUGCUUAUGGCGGAGGUGGACAUCAUCCACGGCUUAUGGGAAGACCGUCUUCCAAUCCUUCUUACUUCCACUCCCAUCCCCCUCGAAAACCAGCAUGAACGUGAACCGUCGCACGAUGGCACCAACAACUCCAACGACAUUGAAUCUGCCCAAUAUACCACUCCUACAUCAGAUAGCUGCUUCACCCGCCACCGAUCCCCCCACCGCCUCCUCUGGGUCACCCUCUUCAUCAUAGGCCUCUUCAUCGGCUCAUCCCCCAAUAGCGCCCCGCAACAUACCCCUUUCUACCGCACCCUCGCCUCAACCCUAACCCCAAGCACAUACCCGGAACCACACCGCUUCCUCCAAUCCCUCGGCGCCAUCAUGAUCGUCUGGAGCAUAAACCGCUCCGCGGACUUGCAAAAGCUCUUCACGAACGCGCUGGCGCAGUACCUCGGACGCGUCUCUUAUGCAUUCUAUAUCGUGCAUGGCCCAAUCUUGCACUCGCUGGGCUACGCGCUUAUGCCGAAUAUAUGGGCGCUCACUGGCAAGGACACGGAUGCGCAGUAUUGUUUUGGAAUUACGAUUGGAUGGUUGAUUUGUUUGCCUGUGUCCAUUUGGGCGGCGGAUAUGUUCUGGCGGGGCGUGGAUGUGCCCACUGUUCGGUUUGCAAGGUGGGUGGAGAGGCGGCUCUUGGUAUGUGGUUUAUAG